CAUCUUCUUCCUUGGCGAGUUGUACUCUCCGCUCCCUUCCCACGCCGUCUCGCCGCAAUCGCUCGCUCGUUCCCCCUUCGUCUUCCGCCGCGGCACACGAAGAGCUCACUGGUCGACCAUGGGGGACAGCCAGUACUCCUUCUCCCUCACCACCUUCAGCCCGUCGGGGAAGCUGGUGCAGAUCGAGCACGCGCUCACCGCGGUCGGAUCCGGCCAGACGUCCCUCGGGAUCAAAGCUGCUAAUGGUGUAGUUAUAGCUACCGAGAAGAAAUUGCCUUCUAUUUUGGUGGAUGAAACAUCUGUGCAAAAAAUUCAGUCAUUGACUCCGAACAUCGGAGUUGUCUACAGUGGGAUGGGUCCAGAUUUUCGUGUUCUUGUGAGAAAAAGUCGGAAACAAGCACAGCAGUAUUAUCGGUUGUACAAGGAAACUAUCCCUGUUACCCAGCUUGUCCGAGAAACUGCUGCUGUUAUGCAGGAGUUCACACAAUCUGGUGGUGUAAGACCAUUUGGAGUAUCAUUAUUGAUUGCUGGGUACGAUGACAAUGGCCCACAGUUGUAUCAGGUUGAUCCCUCAGGAUCAUACUUCUCCUGGAAAGCAUCAGCUAUGGGGAAAAAUGUCUCCAAUGCAAAAACGUUUCUAGAAAAAAGAUACACAGAAGACAUGGAACUUGAUGAUGCCAUCCAUACUGCCAUUUUGACUCUGAAAGAAGGAUAUGAAGGUCAAAUCUCAGCCAACAAUAUUGAAAUUGGAGUUAUUCGAUCUGACCGUGAAUUCAAAGUUCUAACCCCAGCAGAGAUCAAGGAUUUUUUGGAAGAGGUGGAGUAAAUUGUCUGUUGGCACUUAGCACUUCUGUGUUCUGAAGAAGAAAAGUGACAUUUGCAAACCGUCGUCAUGAAGCUUGUCUCUUAUCGUUUGUCACUUAAACCUAUUGUAAACUGAUUUGCUUCAGUGACAUGCAUGAGAUGGAGUAAUGAACCUACAUUUGAAUCCUCGUGAAUGCCUAUCGUAGACAAAGGUGAAUGUUGUAUUU